UUUCAUCCCAGGCCACCGAACUGGCCCAACGCCAGCAAUUAUAUUGUGCUUGACCUAAUUUCAGGGCCGGGCUGAUAGUCUCGCAAACCCAGUCUAGUUACAUCUCUAUCAUUGUUCAUACCUACCGUUAAGGCCGCGAGCCCGCGAACCCCUACAUCUCUCUCUCUCUCGUCACAGAAGUAUUUGUUAGUUCACUCUUCGCAUCAGGCAGUUGAAGGCGGGAAGGCGAUGGGAGGGAAAGGACGGAGGCGGAGAGAGAAGAAUUUCCUUGCUGCUCAUGGAGGCUAUACUCGUCUGCCGCCUCCUCCGAAGCCGGAUGAGAUCGACGCCUUACCAUCCAAGCUCCUCAAACUAAUGGAGUUCACCUCCCCCACCACCACCAACAGAUAUUCCGCAACAAAAGGACCUUUGAAGUCUUCAGAGAGUACUGACCACAAGAAAAAGCAAAAAGGAAAACCAAGCUUGGAGGAUGAGUUCCAAGAGGGAGGUCAAGAUGAAAAUGUUACAGCACCUAAACAUAAAGAUAAUAAGGAUGGAGUUGUGCAUACAGACAUACAAGACAAGAAAAAAGCAAAGCGAAAGAGAAAACAAGUUCAUGACCUUCGAUUUGAGAAAACAAUUCAGGAUCUAGGUAUUGGCUCAAAGAGAAAGGAUCGCAAGAAAAAGUACUUGGAAGAAAGAAAGAAGAAACACAAGAAAGCCAAGACAGAGAAGAAUCUAGACUUUCCUGGGCAUGAGGAAAUCAAGUUUGGAGAAAUAGUUGAAGCUCCUCCAAAGCUGGUAGCAUUUCCUAAGGCAUUGAAGACCACCCAAACUGCUUCGCAUGAGAGACUUCGCUUGCAGGCUGUCGAGUCUUACAGGAACCGCAAAGGGUGGGUAUCAAGGCCUGGCAUUCAUAUUCCUCCACCAGCAGCUGUUACCCCAUCUACAUAAAUGGUCUAAGUCAUUGCUUCAGUCUAAUGGACCCCUUCAUAGCUAUUGUUUUUCCUGGAGGUGCUGUUUGGAUGUAGUUUUGAGGUUUUCCUAACAUCGGUCAAGAGUGAUUCCUCUCCCCCUGUUAAUGGAUAUUCUGUGGGAAGAAGUCAUCUGUUCCAUUUUGCAGAAUAUGGUAUAUCUCUUGGUGCACUCUUUACUUUUGUCACUUUUUUUUUUUUUUUUUUUUUAAUUAAUCAACAUCAUAUUCGAAUGUACUUUUGAGACUCGAAGAAAGGAAAUGUCAAAAGCUUACUAUGAAAAUUUUAUUACUCUAAAUAAAACUCCUACGAGUCGUUUAGAUCCU